GCAAUCAAAGCUGACAUACGAGUUGCCUGCCAGCCUCGUGGCCCUCAGCCGGCUCAAAGGGAUGGAACUUUUGCUGGAUUGGUAGCAGCUGUACGUGCGAGAGCGACUCGCCAACACCAGCAGCCAGGAUCCGACCAGACAGGUGCUGCUGCAAGCAGCAAUGGCCUGCAUCCAAAGAUCCAGCCGCAGCUGGCCCUGCCGCAGCCGGCUAGGCCACAGCCUAGGCCACCGGGGCCGACAGUGGGCCGAAAACCUCAUCUCGGCACCAAGGAGCUGCCCAACAAGCUGCCAGAUGUGGACAACGAAGGAAGACCUUACAACUUAAAGUUAGUUGUGGUCAACUUCAACAACGUCGGAACAAGCUUCGGGGCCAUCUUCAACAAGGGUAAGGAGCCAAGGUACAAUUGGGAAGGAGUUCGCCGCUGUGUAAAGGAGCUUACAAGACGAGGCUUGAAGAUUAUCGGCGUAAUCUACCAACAUUGGAGAGCCUGGGAUGGUGAUGUGAUGGUGAACGAGAUUCCACAGGACAUACGCAGCCAAUGUGAGUCUAUACAAGAGACUCCGAGAAUACCAGGCGUCAACCAAAGGAGUGCUGAUGAUGAAAUGACAAUAAAGUGUGCUUAUCACAGAAACUGCCGCAUUCUGGACAAUGAUAACUACAAGGACUGGCUGCAUACACUUCGAACAGUGGAAAUCAGAAACUGGUAUUCCUAUAGCCAAGACCGUGUCCACAUGAAAUAUUUCUUCGAUUCUGAUGUUGGUGUUUUUGAAACGUUGGAUGGCAACGCUGAACGAGGGGCCUCCGAAGAGCGAGAGGAGCGCCGACCGCGUACAUCCAGGAACAGAUCCCAGCACUCAGAUGAUCGGAUUUGCGUGACGCCACCAGAAGAUGACCGCAUUUCGGUUCUUCCAGAGACUGCUGCAAGCGCUUCUGCAACAGUCUUGUUUCCGACGGAAGCAGCAUAUCGCCAUCAUAGAGGACCGACAAUCACAAUGCCAUCUUCCUUGCUUGACAAAUCCCUUGACACCGUCGACCUUACUGCAGACUCGGGUCCGAAGCAAAUUCAGGCAUCAAAGAUGGAUGUCAACACCAGCAAGGCUGGCUGGACUCCCUUGUGCACAGCUGCAUCACAGGGCAAGGUGGAGUCUGUCAAGCAGCUGCUCAUGUUAGGUGCAGAUCCCAAUGUUCCCAACAGCUUGGGUGCGCAUCCAAUAUUCUACGCUCUACGGAACUGGAGUCUCAGAAUGUUUCGUCUGCUGGCGAAGCAUGGGGCAGACGUGCAACGUGCAAGGAGCGAACGUGGAGAGUCUUUGCAGGACUACGCCGAAAGGAAGGUUCAGCAGGUCGCGAAGUUAGAAGCAUUUGGAGCCGCCCGGUUCUCCUCAGCAUCAUGCCAGGAGCGCCUGAGAGGUCCUGUAUGCUAA